UGCGGGGCCUGUGUGUGUAUAAAUUGAAAAAUGCAUAGAUAUAGAUAAAACGGUGAAAAGUUUGUUUUUUUUUGUUCCAGUUAUAAUAUGAUAAAUACGAUCGGCGGGAUAUAAACAAGCUGUGUGAAAAGUGGGAGAGCAAGCGACAGGCGGAGGCACCGAAGACAAAAGUGCAGUUUUAGGGCGUGUUUGUAGCCCCCCGUACCCGCACUCGCUCCCGGUCCCCUCCACCCACAGCAGUCUGCGGCUCAGCGGAGAUGCAAAAAGCUAAAGCUCCAGCAAACAUGCAACAAAUUAUGCAUCUGCUGCACCUUGCCUAACAAAUCGAAAGUGGCAGAGAGAGAGAGACAGAGAGAAAAGGUUGGCGUAACAUUUCGCAAACUUCCUUCCUUUCGUGUGUCUCCAAUUUUUUUGUCUACUCCAAAUUGCCAAGUGAAGUAGAAAACGCAGAAAGAGCAGAGAAGAGAGUGGAGAAAGAAAAUGCGCAAGUGUGUGUGUGUGUGGAAGCAGCAGAGAGCGAAAUAAUGAAAUGAAAUAAAAUAAAUUCAAGAAAAUUCAAAGCAAAGGCAAACGCAAAUAAUUGAUCGCAAGUGUUGGCUGAAGGCAAGAGGAGAGAAAAAAAUCACAGUAUCCCAAGGUCCAAGGCGGAGCGGAGCAAAAAGAGUGUACAAAUUGUUUAUUGCUGCGCAAGAGCGAUAGCAACGACCCACAACCCACAAUCCACCACCCAGCCACAGUAGCAGUAGCAGCAGCAGCCGAGCUCCACCUCCGCUCCUGAAAUGGGUGCUCAACAGGGAAAGGAGCGCGGCUCGCAUUCGAGCGGUGGGGGCGGUGGUGGCGUUCCCGUCAGUUGCAUUGGCCUCUCCAGCAGCAGCAGUCCCGUGGCCUCCGUCUCGCCCCAUUGCAUCAGUGCUGGCAACAGCAGCAGCGGCGGCGGCGGCGGUCCAUUGGGGGUGGGCUCCACACUGCGUGGCUCGCGCAUCAAAUCCUCGACGGGUCAUGGUCACGGCAGUGGCGGCGGGAGCAGCGGAGUCGGUGGCAGCAGCAGCGGCGGCGGUGGCUCUGGAGGAUUAUCACAGCGCAGCAAUGCCCACAAGGAUGCGAGGUGUAAUCCCUCCGUGGGACUCAACAUAUUCACCGAGCACAACGGUGGUACGAAGCACAGCUCUUUUCGCGGCCAUCCAGGCAAAUAUCACAUGAAUUUAGAAGCCCUGCUGCAGUCGCGUCCAUUACCUCACAUUCCGGCCGGGAGCACGGCAGCAUCCCUGCUGGAAAAUGCAGCGGAACUGCAGUGCAGCGAUUCCGGACUGCAGUGCUCCUCCCUCGGGGGCCACAGUUCGUCGACAUCGGUGUUCGAGUCGACGCAUCGCUGGACCUCCAAGGAGAAUCUGCUGGAGCCGGGCCCGGAGGAGGACGAUCCGCAGCUGUUUGUGGCCCUGUACGACUUUCAGGCGGGCGGCGAGAACCAGUUGAGCCUGAAGAAGGGCGAGCAGGUGCGGAUCCUUAGCUACAACAAGUCCGGGGAGUGGUGCGAGGCGCACUCGGACUCCGGCAACGUCGGUUGGGUGCCCUCCAACUAUGUGACGCCAUUGAAUUCGCUCGAGAAGCACUCGUGGUACCACGGACCCAUCUCCCGCAAUGCCGCCGAAUAUCUCUUGAGUUCGGGCAUCAACGGGAGCUUUCUGGUGCGCGAGAGCGAGAGUUCUCCGGGCCAGAGGAGCAUCAGUCUGAGGUACGAGGGACGCGUCUAUCACUAUCGCAUCUCGGAAGAUCCCGAUGGCAAGGUGUUUGUCACCCAGGAGGCGAAAUUCAACACACUGGCGGAGCUGGUGCAUCAUCACAGUGUGCCCCACGAGGGUCAUGGCCUGAUCACGCCCCUGCUCUAUCCGGCGCCCAAGCAGAACAAGCCCACGGUCUUCCCCCUGAGUCCGGAGCCCGACGAGUGGGAGAUCUGUCGCACGGACAUCAUGAUGAAGCACAAGCUCGGCGGCGGCCAGUACGGCGAGGUGUACGAGGCCGUGUGGAAGCGCUACGGCAACACGGUGGCCGUCAAGACCCUCAAGGAGGAUACCAUGGCCCUCAAGGAUUUCCUCGAGGAGGCGGCCAUCAUGAAGGAGAUGAAGCACCCGAAUCUGGUGCAGCUUAUCGGUGUGUGCACGCGUGAGCCUCCGUUCUACAUCAUCACCGAAUUCAUGUCGCAUGGCAAUCUGCUGGACUUUCUGCGCUCCGCCGGCCGCGAGACCCUCGAUGCCGUGGCCCUGCUCUACAUGGCCACACAGAUAGCGUCGGGCAUGAGCUACCUGGAGUCGCGCAACUACAUCCAUCGCGAUUUGGCGGCCAGAAACUGCCUUGUGGGCGACAAUAAGCUGGUGAAGGUGGCGGACUUCGGGCUGGCGCGACUGAUGCGCGACGAUACGUACACGGCGCACGCGGGCGCCAAGUUCCCGAUCAAAUGGACUGCCCCCGAGGGACUGGCGUACAACAAGUUCAGCACCAAGUCGGAUGUGUGGGCCUUUGGGGUGCUGCUGUGGGAGAUAGCCACGUACGGGAUGUCCCCCUAUCCGGGCAUCGAUCUGACCGAUGUAUAUCAUAAGCUAGAGAAGGGCUAUCGCAUGGAGCGGCCGCCCGGCUGUCCGCCCGAGGUGUACGAUCUGAUGCGCCAGUGCUGGCAGUGGGAUGCCGCCGACAGGCCCACAUUCAAGAGCAUACACCAUGCGCUGGAGCAUAUGUUUCAGGAAUCGUCCAUCACCGAAGCGGUCGAGAAACAGCUAAACGCCAGCAGCAGCAGCAGCUCCCACAACAACCCCAGCAGCAGCGGCGGCGGCGGCGGCGGCGGUGGCGGCAGCAACACCACAUCGGGCAUAGUAGUCGGCGGUGCCAGUGGCACACAGUCAGCGGCCAGCGGUGCCUCCUCAUCGGCCUCGCUCAGCCUCACCCCACAAAUGGGGAAGAAGGGCCUGCCAGCGGCCUCCUCCCAGUGCCAGUCAUCGUCUUCCCUCACGCCAAAUGCCCAUCAGCAGCAGCAGCAGCACGAUCAGCAGCAGCAGGCCAGUACGCCCAUGUCAGAAACCGGAUCCACUUCCACAAAGCUGAGCACCUUCUCCAGCCAGGGCAAGGGCAAUGUACAGAUGCGACGCACCACCAAUAAGCAGGGAAAACAGGCGCCAGCACCACCCAAGCGAACCAGUCUGCUUUCUAGCAGUCGGGACUCAACAUAUCGCGAGGAGGAUCCGAUCAACGCCAGUGGUGGCGGCGGCGGCGGCACCAAUCAGCGGUGCAACUUUAUCGAUGACCUCAAUACGAAUGGUAUAAACACAAGCACAAAAUUCAAUCGAAAUUGCAGCUUUUUCAGCCAGACCCUCAGUAGAAAUUUCAAGACCCAAAUUCCAACCCACCAACAACAACAACAACAAUACACACCACAACAACAAAUACGUACAGCACACGUACAGCCAGUGCAGCAGCAGCAGACCCUGGCACAGAAACAAGCACAGCCACAGCCACUGCCACUGCCACAACAGAAACAACAACAACAACAACAGUAUUCCAUUAAGAAAUCGUCCUCCUGCAGUAGUUUCCUUUACGACAUCCUAUUUCGAGGUCUUGCGCGGGACAUCAAUAGCCUCACGCAGCGCUACGAUUCGGAAACGGAUCCGGCAGCAGAUCCCGAUACGGAUGCAACCGGCGACAGUCUGGAGCCGUCGCAAGCCGUCACACCGAACAAGAUGCAGCACUCGCUGCACGGCGGAAUCGGACCCAGGUCCUCGCAGCACCACAGCUCCUUCAAGCGGCCGACGCCGGUGAUGGGCAACCGGGGACUGGAGACGCGCCAGAGCAAGCGUUCCCAGCACCAUCCCUCAGUCCCCCCGGCAGCACCCAGGGAUCAAAUGCAGCAGCAGCAACAUCAGCAGCAACAGCCACUGCCCAACCUGCCCAACGGCAGCUCUGCACUGGCAGCCCAUCCCAUCACUGUGGGAGCACUGGAGGUGAUGAAUGUGAAGCGCGUCGUGAAUCGAUACGGCACCCUGCCGAAGGGGGCACGCAUCGGGGCCUUUCUCGACAGCCUGGAGGACAGUGGGGGCGAGGCCAGUUCCUCGCCAACGCCCUCGCCUGCUGCCAACGGUCAUGCCGCGCCACCGGCCAGGAUCCAUCCCAGUCCAAAGGCUCCAUCGGCGGUGGGCCUGGCCACACCGCCGCCCCAGCAGAUGAUCCGGAGCAACUCGUCCGGGGGCGUGACCAUGCAGAACAAUGCGGCGGCCAGUCUGAACAAGCUGCAGCGCCACCGCACCACCACCGAGGGCACUAUGAUGACGUUCUCCUCGUUCCGGGCCGCCGGCUCCAGCAGUUCCCCCAAGAGGAGUGGCGUGGGCGCUGGCGGUGUGGCAGCCCAGCCGCCUGUGCCCCAACCGGCUCUGGCCAAUCUAGAGUUUCCGCCACCGCCGCUGGACCUGCCGCCGCCGCCCGAGGAAUUCGAGGCGGUGCCACCGCCGCCGCCGCCAGCGCCCGAGAGCGCCGUCCAGGCCAUCCAGCAGCAUCUGCACGCCCAGCAUUCGAACAACAACGUCUGCAACACAAGCAGCAACAGCAACAACAACAACGACAGCAGCACCCACGACGUAAGCAACACGGCCCCGAGCGUUGAGGAGGCCAGUUCCCGGUUCGGCGUGUCCCUGCGGAAGCGGGAGCCCUCGACGGACUCGUGCAGUUCUCUGGGCACCCCUCCGGACGCAGCACCCGAGAAGAGCCUCAUGAUGAAGGAGAAACUGAUCACGGAGAUCAAGGCGGCGGGCGGCAAGGAGUCGCCAGUGAGCCCACACCUGGCCAACGGAUCAGUAAUGUCAGCAGUAUCAUCAGUGCAUCCCGUGGAUCCCGUCUCCCUGCUGGUCACUGAGCUGGCGGAGAGCAUGAAUCUCCCCAAGCAGAAGAUGACGAAUGGCAAUGCCACUGCCACUGCCACCGCCUCUGCCGCUGCCACUGCAGGAGCUCCUCCAGCUGGAUUCAAGGCUCAGUUGAAGAAGGUGGAGCCCAAGAAGAUGACGACGCCGAUAGCCAAGGCAGAGCCCACCUCCAAGAUCAUCAUUGACUUCAAGGCCCAUCUGCGGCGAGUGGACAAGGCGGAGCAGCAGCAGCAGCUGCAGCAGGAAAAGCCUCCUGCUCCUGGUACCGGUAUCCAGCAGCAGGCAGUGGCCAACAAUGCCAAUGGCACCCUGAGCCGCAGCAAGGACGACAAUAAGAAGUUCUCCCACUCACAGGCCAUGCAAAAGACUGAAAUCAAAAUCGAUGUGACAAACUCCAACGUGGAGAUGGAGACGGGAACGGGAUCGGGCGACAGCGGCGGGGAUCUUGGCAAGCGACGGAGCACAGGUAGUAUUAAUAGCUUAAAAAAACUGUGGGAGCAGCAGCCCCAGCCCCAGGCUCAAGGGCAGGCACAGGCACAGGCCCAACCUCCCGACUAUGCCAGUAGCGCGAUCAUCCAGCAGCCGUCACUUAAUGGCGGCUCCUCCACAUCCACCACAUCCCAGCUAUCGCCCAAAUACGGGCUCAAAGCAAUUCCCAUGGCCAAUAGGCCAGGCAAUAGGCCGCCGCCGGCUGCCCCACCACCACCGCCCCCAACCAACAGCACGACCACCACCACAGCCACAGCCACAGCCACAGCCACUGGCAUCAGGGUGCAGCCACAGCCAUUAGCAUCCAGCAGCUCAAUAAAAACCUCUCAUUCCACGCAACUCUUCACAGAUGACGCCAGCGAGGAGUCGUCGGGCCAGCAGCAGCCGGAGGGACUAGGUCACCCGGCACCAGAGAAUAUGACACAGUCGCUCUACGUCCAGAACGUCCAGAACGAGCUGCAGGGCAGCAAGCAGUCGCAGUCGCAGCCGCAACAGAAGCCCGCUGUGCCGCACAAGCCCACCAAGCUGACCAUCUACGCCACGCCGAUAGCCAAGCUGGCGACGGACAAUGGCUCCACCACGGGCAACUCCACGCAGAUAUCGAGGGAGAGCAUCCUGGAGCUGGUGGGCCUGCUGGAUGGCUCCCUCAAGCAUCCAGUAAACGCCAUCUCCGCCUCGCAGUGGCUCCAGCUGAGCGACAAGCUCAACAUCCUGCAGAACUCGUGUGUAAUUUUUGCGGAGAACGAAUCCAUGCCGCCGCACUCCAAGUUCCACUUCCGGGAGCUGGUGACCCGCGUGGAGACGCAGUCGCAGCACCUGCGCUCCGCCGGCAGCAAGAACAUGCAGGACAACGAGCGCCUGCUCCUGGAGGUGGGACAGUCGCUCAAGCAGAUCUCCAAUGCGCUGAAUAGGUAAAUGAUAAGAACGGGGAUGGAUGCGCACGCGCACGAGCACCAGCCGGCCAUCUGGUUGGAUGCCGAGGGCAACUUUAUCAAGCGAAAGUGACACGGGACACGACACUGGAGAGAACCAACCAACCAAGGAAACCAAACAACCAUCCAUCCAUCCCCAUCCCGGGACGGAGCCAUCAGCAACAUCACAUCUUGGCUCAACACAACGAAGCGGAAGCAGGAAACGAAACUUCAAGCCCAGCGAAGAAGAGAAGGAUCAAAGGAAGUUGAUAGAUAAAGGACAACUACAGCAUUAGCAGUAGAAGUAGCAGCAGCAGCAGCAGCAGCAGCAGCAGCAGCGUCAACUAUAACUAAAAACGAAAGUAAAGAGAGGAGAGGAAAGAGGACAGAAGGAGGAAGAAACCUAUGUAUCGUACUUGGUAGAGAGUAGUAGUAGUUGCCUCUAUAAUAUAUAUAUACACACAUAUAUAUCUAGUCAGAUCUGUGCAGAAAGCUUCGAAGAAAACAAAAAACGAAAUGAGUUGCAAAGCAAAUUUCUGUAAAGGGGAUCUCUGGCCCCUCAACGGGGAUCCCCGCUUUUAAUUGUAAAGUAUAUUUCAUCUCCACUCCACUCCACUACUCCAACAGACAUGCAACAACAUAGAACCCUUCCCCAAAUAAACCCAGCAUCCUCCUCCCGUAUAAACGUA